CGGUGGACAUCGUGGUCUCUUACAAUCCAACAAAGUUUGAGUCUCCAGGAAUGACCUCGCCCACUCAAGGUCAAACUAUGGAAGAGAGUGAGUUGUCCCAGCUAGAGAAGGAAAAUUCUAUUCUAAGGGCGAAACUUGAGUCAAUGAGGAAAGAGGCUUCUGAGUACGAGAGUUUGCUGGAACAGGCAAACGCAGUUCUCAUAGCCAUGCGUGCAGAAGAAGAAAAACUGAAGCGACGAAUACGAGAGCCGAAGAAUGUUGAAGCGUGUUGUACGCCAGAUGAUGAAGACAGUUCUACUGAAGAAGAAGAGGCUGUGGGUGAAAUAGAUUAUGAUUCAAUUAUUAUUGCAGUGGAUAAAAAGUGUCAGGAGUUUCUAAAGGAGGAAUAAAAUGAAGGAUAUGGAAGAUAAAUUGAAAAAGGUUGAGGAAGAUUUGUCUUAAAGCCUGCAGGGAAUUAAAACUUUUGUGAAGUGGACAAAGUAUAUUGUCCGAGAAAUUUAACAGUUCAGCACUUAUGUAAAGAAGAAAGAUUCACGUAUUUUUAGUUCUGUGUUGACAAAAUUCAGAACCAUUAUUUAUCUCAUGUUUCUGUAUUUAGGAUAAUGAGAGACAACUUUUGUUUCCAUGUUUGUUUGAAACAUAACUUUGUUUUUAUUACUUGUGUUCAUAAAAUUAGUUGGAAUUAA